ACCACACCAGGUAUGCGAAGAGGGUUCCCACUUGGCGCGCCCCGAGUCACUUGACUCAGUGACUUACUACCUCACUGCCUUGACGUCUAAUGCCCGAUUUCACAUGCAGCUCCACCACCACCACCUUCCUCAUCUUCUCCUUCACCUCAUCAACCUUGCUAUUUUACUUAUUUAAAUUUAUUUAAUUAUUAAUUUCCCCAAAAUUCAAAAAAUGAUGAAGCAAGAAAAUCAUGGCGAUGACGGGGCGAACUUGCACGCAUCCCAAGAUGACAUGGAAUCUCUGGUCCUCGACGAGCCGCCGCCGUCAUCCAACGGCCAAUCUUCGCCCUCCGCAUCGGCUUCCGUCGAACGCCACAGCACCACCGCCACCACCUCCUCCACCUCCCAGAACUUCAAUUCCAUCCUCGAGCCCCCGUCCUACGCGGACGCCGUCUUCACCUCAUUCGAUUCCUCCUCAUCCAACGGCCAAGAAAACCCCAAGCAGCCCUCUUAUCAAUCGGACCCUCCGACCCGCUCCGAAUUCCUCAAGAUAUGGGUCUCUGACCCUGAGAAGGAGCUUGAGCUCACCAAUUCGCUCGUCCCCGGCGGGACCUCGUACUAUACCUACUUGAUCACCACCCGGACCAAUAUGCCCGAGUACGGCGGACCCGGAUCCGAAUUCACCGUCCGGAGGCGGUUCAAGGACGUGGUGACUCUAUCGGACCGGCUGUCCGAGUCGUAUCGUGGGUUUGUCAUCCCGAUCCGACCCGAUAAGAGCGUGGUCGAGAGCCAAGUGAUGCAAAUCGAGCAAUUCGUGGAGCAGCGGAGGGCUGCAUUGUCCAAGUACCUGAACAAGCUCGCGGUGCAUCCGACGCUCAAGAAGAGCGAGGAGCUGAGGCUGUUUUUGGUGGUGAGGGGGAAGCUGCCGCUAGCGAAGAGCGUUGACAUGGCGUCGAGGAUGCUCGACGGCGCCGUGAGGCUACCGAGGCAGUUGACUGGAGAGGCCGCGGCAGUGACGGAUGUGAAUGAGGCGGCGCAGCCGGCCAAGGGCGGCAGGGACUUGCUGAGGAUCUUCAGGGAGUUGAGACAGUCGGUGGUGAACGAUUGGGGCGGGGUGAAGCCUAUGGUGGUUGAGGAGGAUAAGGAGUUUAUGGAGAGGAAGGAGAAGGUGGCGGAGUUUGAGCAACAGCUUAGCAAUUUGUCUCAGCAGGCUGAAUCACUAGUAAAAGCUCAGCAGGACAUGGGUGAGACUAUGGGGGAAUUGGGGUUGGCCUUUGUGAAGCUGACCAAGCUUGAGACCGAGGGAGCCAUGUUUCAAUCACAAACAAUACGAGCCACUGACAUGAAAAAUGUGGCUACUGCUGCUGUAAAAGCUAGUCGAUUGUACCGGGAGUUAAAUGCGCAAACAGUCAAGCAUUUGGACAAACUCCAUGAAUAUCUCGGGGUCAUAUUAGCAGUCAAUAGUGCUUUUUCAGACAGAUCAAGUGCUUUACUGACCGUUCAGACUCUUUCAUCAGAAUUAGUUUCCUUGCAGUCAAGGAUUGAGAAGCUUGAAGCUGCAGCAUCCAAAAUAUUUGGUGGAGACAGGUCCAGGAUGCGGAAAAUAGAAGAGCUAAAAGAAACUUUAAAAGUCAGUGAGGAUGCUAAAGCUUGCGCAGUCAGAGAAUAUGAACGCAUCAAGGAAAAUAACAGGAGUGAGCUUGAAAGGGUUGACAGAGAGAGGCACGAGGACUUUAUGGGCAUGUUGAAAGGAUUUGUUCUUAAUCAGGCGGGAUACGCUGAAAAGAUGGCAAAUGCUUGGGAGAAGCUUGCGGAAGAAACCAGCGCGUACGAGAGAGACGGCAACUGACAAUUUGGCAGUAAAUUUUUUGUGUUUAGUUCUUUAUUCUGCGUUCUCUGUAUUUCAUGCAUGUAGUGUAAACAUUAGCAUCCCAUUUGUGAUUAUUCCCAACAAACUUUCAUCCUAACCAAUUGAAAUAGGCUAUAGAAGACUCUUGUGCUUUUCUCCAACCUUCAA